CGCGCACCCGCCACCGCACGUACAAAUCAAUCCCCUCCAUCCUCUCGCGCCAAUUCGAGCCCGCAAUCCCCCCACCAAGUACCUAUGGGCCAUGCGUCCUCGCCACCGCCGUCGUCACCCGCCGCCGUGAAGGCGGGGGCGAUACUGAUAUGCGUGCUGCUGCUCCAGCUGCCGGCCGCCGCGGUCGCGCAGCAGGCGCCCGCGGAGGCCUCGGCGGCGGCGAUCAACGCGGAAAGCGACGGCAACGGCACCGCCCGAGGCGGCGGCGGGCGAGGCGGCGGCGGCGGCUCGCGGAGUAAGCUGGUGAGCAGCAUCGACUGCCAGAUCUGCGAGGCGACGUGCCGCGUCAAGUGCCUCAUCAACAACCUCUUCCAGUGGGGCGGCUGCUACCAGCGGUGCAAGGCCGACAACUGCAACGACUGGUGCAGGUAGCGGGUAGGAAAUGAAGCCCAGUAGUAGCAACUGCGCCCUGCGUGCUCACGUCCAUGGACAGGGUGCGCGUACCACGAGGAUCUGCCGGGCCGGACACUCUUCACUCGACAGUGGUCGAUCGGUUAGUUGAUCGGACGGUUCAGCCCGUGCCACGUCGUACCCAGCCUUCUUCAGCAAUCUAAGAUCCACAGUACAUAGUAUAUACAUAGAGUCAUACACGUAUAUAAACGUGCCGCUGGGCACUCAUCUACAUGUAUUUCAUUAUUAUCCAGAGUUUGUAUUUGUACUACUAUUUUUGAAUAACCGUACCGGUCCAGAAUUAUACGUACGCAAUUAUUUCUCUC